AUUGCAUGGUUAGCAGUACUCCUCUUUCUAUUAACAUACUCUGCUUCCUCUACAGUGAGAUUGUGAAACCUUAGGGGCAAAAAACAAACAAAAAAAACAUUGAAGAAAACAGAAGGGAGGAAGAUGGUAUGAAAGAGAAGAGGAACAAUGUGGACAAAGAAACUACCUGCUCUUCACACCGCAGCAGACUGGAAGGUCGUUCUCAAUUUACCAGAGAUUGAGAAGUGGCUGAAAACAACGAGCAACCGAGUUGCACAGCUCACUUACUCAGUUGGACAAGACAGUGAAAACAAACAUGUGGACGUCCACCUGGUACAACUUAAGGACAUCUGUGAGGACAUUUCUGACCAUGUGGAGGAGAUUCAUGCUUUGCUGGAGACAGAGUUCUCCCUAAAACAUUUGUCUUACUCUGGUAACAUCAUUGUAGACAUAAGGACGGUGCAGCUGCUGUGGCAUCAGCUGAGAGUAUCAGUUCUGGUUCUAAAAGAACGUCUGUUACAGGGUUUACAGGACUCUAAUGGAAACUACACGCGUCAGACUGAUAUCUUACAGGCUUUAAGCCAGGACCAGCACCAGACCCGUCUGGAUGCGCUAACAGAAGUUGAUGACUGCGGUCAGCUGACAAUACGCUGCAGCGAGAACUACUUUUCCCUGGACUGUGGCAUUACUGCCUUUGAGCUAAGCGACUACAGUCCCAGUAACAGUCCUAAAGAUCAGGAAAUGGAUCCCACAACAGAGGACACCUUCCUGGAAAUCAUUGAUACCACAAACACAAAUCUUGAAUUACAAACAAGUUUACCACAGCUCUCUCGAACAAGUGACUUAGAAAACGCUAAUAAUUAUACACCUCAAUUCCCUGCAAAUCAAAGUGACAUUCCCAAUAACGGCGAAAGCUCAAAACAAACAGUACAAGCUGUUAAUCAGAGCACCGAGUCUUUACCCACACAUCCCUUGCUUCCAAAAAGCGCUGCUGCAUUCUCGAGCAAUGGUACCAGAUCAAUGGGAAGUUUUAGGAAGGCCAAUCAGGAAUCUGAACUGAAGUUUGAUGCUGAGCUGAGUCGAAGCAGCCAAUCUGUUCUGGAUCCUGUGGACAGAUCCAAGUUGUGGUUAGAACUGGGCUCAGUUCAUCCAGAAAAUGCUCCACAGUCAAGCAAGACGCUUCAGGGGGAAAAGGUUCCUUCAAAAAUCAACCUUGCCAAGGAGCACUGGUACGGGUCAGACGAGUUCCUGGCCCUCCCUGCUCAGCUUCAUGAAACUGAGUUGCUAGCUGUGAAAUUGGAAAGUCUGAUACAGUCAAGUGCCCAGAGACAGAUAAGUUUGCAGAACAUAGACGACUGGGAGCUGUCAGAGCUUAAUAUAGACUGGAGCAAUGGAGAAAGUGAAACCAACAUAAAUAAUGCAUGGGAAAGAGGGGAUAACAACCAGUAUCCCCUGCCAUCAUUGCAACCUUAUAAACAACACUCGGUCAGGUGCUUCAGCUCAACCUCCUCCAGCGAUAUUGCUCCCUCAGUUGAAGAAAGCAUUGAAUCGGGUCCUUUGAGCGAACUGCUGUCAGAAGAGGAAGAGAGGUCUGUGGAUUACUCCCCACAGCUAACAGUGUCCCUGCUGGGUGGGUGUGGACAUGCUUCUAUGAUGAAAAAACUCUUGAAGAACAUCCAGGAUCGGAAUGGUGAUGUUUGGAGAACGAUGGAGAGUUUUGUUAUGAAGUUGGAUGGAUUCAUCUCAUGGUUACAAGAGGCGCUAGAGAGCACUGAAAACUGGGCCCAACCCAGGCAGGACUUGGACACCCUUAGGGUGUAUUUGGACACUCAUCUGGUUCCUGUUUGUGGAGGCUUGCACUCUUAUGGAGAUACUUUGCUGGAGGGCGGACAGGCAGAUUAUGGUGAACCUGAGGAGCAGACUGUCGCUUGUUUUCCUGAAAUGGACGGCGUUCUGAUAAGAAGAAUUGUUUCCUUUUUCUCAGCGUGA